GCUGCAGUUGGACUGAAACAAACCAUGCUUCAAGAGAGAAAAAAGAGAGAGAAAGCGAAUCCGAGACACAAUAAAAGGACAAGUUCAGUGCUGUGGACCACCAUAUCUUCACUUUAAUUCCUGCAAGCCCACAAAAGAUAAUAAAAGGGGGUUACAAAGAGUGGGGAUUAUAUCAGACAGAGAGGAGAGACUAGAAGAUGUCAGUUGCCAAAAAUGAAAUGUGUUGGGCGAGGCAAUAAUUAGGAGCUGGACCAGUGUGCAAGCUCGGAGAGGGCUUGUCGGUUGUACCAUGUCUCUUAGUGCCACCAUCCUCUAAUGCUCAUCACUGGUUUUUGAGAGUACAAACCAAACCCACCUGUUUCCUUUGAUUGAUGGAUUUUAUGGGGUCAAUUGGGUGAUGGGAAACACAAACCCCUUCACAAAUCUCUCUUUAUCCCUCUCUUCUCCUACCAACCAUCUCCUUAGUUCACCUUCCUUAAUCUAUGCUAAAACAACGCUUUCCUGCUUGGUUUGGUCUUAAAUAGAGUUUCGAGGAUUCUUACAGAAAAAAACAUCUGUGAUCAAGUUUUAAUUCAUCAAGGAACAGGAAAUCGGGAUUUAGUGAAACGAGUUGGUGGGUUUAGCACUAAAACGUCAAAGUCAGGGAUAAUUUUGUCUUUCCCACUAAUUAUUUCUUUGAUCAAGUGAAGAAGUGGUGAUGAAUUAGGGUAUGAAAUUAUUGCAUGUGGUCAUGAUGAUGGGUUUGAGAACAUAUAGAUUACUAGUUCAUUAAUUCCCUAAUAAUAAAAAACUGAGAUCGAAGGCUUAGAUCAAGGUUUUAAUGGAACUGAGAGGCCAAGAUAAUAAGGAAAUGGGGAUGCCAAGCUCUUUUAGUUACAAAAAUCAACUCAACAAAGACUCAUAUUCUUCAGCACCUGUAAAUUCAGCUACGGGAGAAAGAAGAAGAGAUCGAACGGUUCGUGGUGACCCCAACCUACCUCAAACCCUAGAUGAUCCACUUUCAGUACCUAACCCCAGAAGAGAUCCGGACCCAGAUCCAGUUUCAGCUUCCACAGCUACCACCGGUGAGAUAGCAGCUGCGGCAGACAGCAGAUCACCGCCAACACCGGAGCCCCAACCAGUCGCUGGUCCAACGUCGGCAACCAUCAGCUUCACUCCUUUGAUUAGGUAUAAAGAAUGUUUGAAGAACCACGCCGCCAGUAUGGGCGGUCAUGUGGUCGAUGGUUGCGGGGAAUUCAUGCCGAGCGGCGAAGAAGGCACGCCGGAAGCGUUGAAAUGUGCGGCCUGUGAAUGCCAUAGGAGUUUUCACAGGAAAGAAAUAAACGGGGAAUCACAGUAUGCACCGAGCAGCUAUUAUUAUACCAACAACAACAACAACACAAGGAGAAACGCUGUACGUCCUCCUCGACGAGCAACACCUCUUCACCAUCAAAGAUUCUCCCUUGGAUUGUCUGCCAGUCCUCCUGCUAUGUCGGUUGCACCACUGAUGAUGAGCUUUGGUGGCGGCGGCCCGGCCGAGUCCUCGAGCGAAGAUCUCCAUGUGUUCCAUUUCAGUGAAGGAGGGCAACAACCUUCACACCCUCAUUCAUCAAAGAAGAGAUUCAGAACCAAGUUCAGCCAAGAACAAAAAAAGAAGAUGAUGGAAUUUGCUGACAAAUUGGGGUGGAAAAUCCAGAAACAAGAUGAUGAACAAGUGCAACAGUUUUGCGAUCAAGUGGGAGUAAAGAGACAGGUUCUCAAAGUUUGGAUGCACAACAAUAAACAAGCCAUGAAGAGAACAAAUGUAAGAGACAUCUAAGUUCUUCGUAAAACACAAAACAAUUUCAUACAGAAUAUAUAUAUGCAUUUGAUUUAGAGAAUAAUUUUUGGAUAUAAAAAUGUGAAUAACAAAAAAGAGAUGGAGGAGGACAUACAUUCUUACUAUAUUUGCUUAAUUUUCCUGAUUUGUAAGAAAGGUUUGCUUACCAAAAUUAAACAGUCUUUCUUCUCUAA